UCUCUGCGGGGUUCUUCCCUCCCCAAAAUGAGGUGGUGACCCCCCCACAGCCCCCUCGCCGGGGGGUGCUCCUGCCCCCUCCUUCCCCCGGGCGGAGGCUGCUCGGGAGGACUUUGAAUGCUGCGGCUCCCCAGGGGAGUGUCCCCCGCCGCGGGGAGGGGGGGCCCCAUCCUCCUGCCCCCCCCUCCUCCUCCUCCUCCUCAUCAGCACCGGCACCACCCGAAGGAGGUCAUGUCUGUGAUGGGCUCCUCCGGGCGGGGGGGGCCCAGCCUGCGCACCCCCCCGCUACCCGCCGGCUGCCUCACCCAGCUCUACGCUCAUGCCAGCGGCCCCGCUCCUCGGGGGGGGGCUCUUUAUGCCACCCCCCAGAGCCCCCAGCUCAGGACCCUGCGCUCGGCUUCGGCGGGACGGCUGCAGGCCAAGAGGAAGCUGGACCUGGAGGGCCCUGGAUUCCGCACGCCCAAAGGGAAGGGCAGGACCUUGGCACAGGUCCCCAGCCCCAGGACUCCCAAGUCUCCCGGGGAGAAAACGCGCUACGACACCUCCCUGGGGCUGCUCACCAAGAAGUUCAUCCGCCUCCUGCACGAGUCCCCCGAUGGCGUCGUGGACCUCAACCGAGCGGCCGAGGUGCUGGGGGUGCAGAAGCGCCGCAUCUACGACAUCACCAACGUGCUGGAGGGCAUCCAGCUCAUCCGCAAGAAGUCCAAGAACCACAUCCAGUGGAUGGGGACGGGGAUCUUUGAGGACACGGCGGUGAUGCUGAGGCAGCAGGCGCUGCGGGGCGAGCUGGCCGAGCUGGCCAGGAUGGAAAGGAGCCUGGACCAGGUCCUGCAGGACUGCAACCUGCAGCUCCGGGAGCUGACCGACAACGAAGCCAACCAGAGAUAUCCUUGCUGGAUAGGGGCACAGGGCAGGGGGGGCAGCAGGAGGAGCUCCUUGUCCCCCGGGUGGCUUUCCCUGGGCUGGUGGGGGGGUGUUUGGAGGAUGCUGCUGGGAGAGGGGAUGAGCCAUCCUGCUUGCAGCCGGUCCUUUUCCUAUAGCCCAUCCCUGUCCACGCUGGCCUAUGUCACCUACCAGGACCUCCGUGCCAUCAGCAGCUUCCAGGAGCAGACGGUGAUUGCUGUGAAGGCUCCUCCGGAGACACAACUGGAGGUGCCGGACUUCAGUGAGGGUAACUUCCAGCUCCACCUGAAGAGCACCACCAGCCCCAUUGAGGUGUACCUCUGCCCGGAGGAGAUCCAGGAGGAGAGCCCCACCAAGGACCACAGCAUCCCCUCCACUGCUGCCUCCCCAUGGCACCACAGCAACCCCCUUUCCCUGCCAAAUAGCCCUGGGCCAGCCCCACCACCCCCCACCUCCAUUCCUCAGAGCUGGGGGGGGGCAGGAACCCCCUCCUCACCCCCAUCUCUGCCUCUCUGUGUGCCGGGGGGGCCCAGCUCACUGCUGGAGGUGGAAGCUGGGCUCCUGGGCUCACCCCAUCACCUCCUGCAGCAGACCGAGGACCAGCUGCCCUGCGCCUCCUCCACCUUGGACUCGGGACCCUUUGUCACCUUCUCGCCCCCCCUGGGGCAGGACGAUUACCUCUGGGGGCUGGAGGGCGAGGGCGUCAGUGACCUCUUCGAGGCGUACGACCUGGGGGAGCUGCUGAAGCACUGAGCAUGGGGGACAUCCCCGCUGCCUCGCUCCUGCUCUGGUCGCUCGUGCGCUGAGCGCGCAGGGUCUCUGCGGGG